AUGGCUCCCUCUAGUGGCCAAACUGAGACUCUGAAAACCCUUGAGGAACAAAACUAUCUGGUGGGUGUGAGUGUGUGCAGGACGAUGCAGCCGGUGCAGAUGCUGGAGGCUCCAGGCUUCAGGCAGAAGCUGCUGGAGGCUCUGAGUCUGGGCAGACGACAGAAGUACUGCCUCCCCCACAUGCAGAGGGAGGAUCCGCAUCCGCACACACACACAAACACACUCGCGCAUGUCCCUGGGGCUCGACGCCCCUCCCUGCCACACUCCUUCUGCAGAGAGGAAGAGAGCGAGAGCGAGCUGCUGUACCUCUCUUUCGUCACCGCCUGCUCCAGUGCGCCGCUCUUCUCCUCCUCCUCCUCAUCAUCAUCAGCAUCUUCAUCGUCAUCAGACAGCGAGAGCUCGUCCUGGAGGCCCCGGCGCAGACACACACACAGCAGUCAUGGCGUGAGACCGCCGCCGCUCAUCAUGGGCAAUCAGGACGCAAAGCUCAAGCGGGACGCAGGAGCAGCGGCCGAUGAUAAUGGAACUUAUGAGGGUGCGAAAAAGGGGAAGAAAUCACACGGGAAGGGGGAGGGAGGGAAGAAGAAAAACAAAUCGGACAGAUCCUCCGUUUUCCCUCACAUACGGAAGCGUAAGAACCAGAGUAAGCUGAAGGGAAUAUUAAGCGGCUCUAAAGAGGAUGCUCUGGACUCGCAGCAUGACGAGCUGGACAGCGCUCCGUCUCUGUGCAACAAAACACCGGAUCUUUCCGGAGAUGAGCUGGAUGUGGAGAGCGAGAGGCCUCGGCUGGUGGCUGACAGCAGGCAGAAUACACUGGAUGCUAAUGAGGACGAGGAGAAAAUCAGGAGCUCCGGAUCCGAUACGGAUAUGUACAGCUUCCACUCUGCCGCGGAGCAGGAGGAUCUACUGGCGGACAUUCAGCAAGCCAUUCGGAUGAAGCAGGGCGUGAUGCUCGCUUCUCCCGUCGAGCUGCCCUGGGAGAGGAAUGGUAAACAAACCACCGGCAGUGAUGCUAAAAACACCCCGACGCCUGACUCUGAGCCGUUCACAGUGCUGGAGGCCAUUCCUAAAGCUGAGAACGGCUGCAUUAGUGUACUGCACGUCCCAGAGGAGACGGAGAUGACUAUAAGCAGAAGCGAGGCCCUUUGUGCUCCAGUCGCUGUCGAGACCAUCACAAAAGACCCCCCUCCUCCUCCUCCUCCUCCCGCUCCUCCAGCGGUUACCAUGACUACCAGCACCAGCAACCUCACAGCAUCCUUUGAAAGUGCAGUGGAGGCCGUAGAGGAGCAGCAGCACGAGGAUUCGACUCCGGACGCUCCUCCUAGCACCGACACCAUCUCCGAAGAGGAUCAUUUGGGGUCCGCAGGCUCUCUGGAGUGUGUUAGCGCUAUCGAAGUGCCCGAAGAGAUCCAGAGGCGUAAAAGCAGCGUGUCGUUCUCGCAGUGGUCACAGCAGGAGAGUCCUUUAGCUACACGGCUGCUGAAGUCCUCGGUGAAGCCGUAUCCUCCUAUAAGCACGUCCUAUAUCAAAACCACCACACGGCAGCUCAGCUCGCCCUCCUGCUCGCCCGGGCCGUCCCCGUCCCACAGCCCACUCUUCACACGUCGUGAGCAUGCGGUCACUCUCGCCCGUGCGGAGAGGCGGAGGGUCAAGCGGCAGCGCUCCUACAGCAUCACCGGCCCCAUCAGCCGCUCCGCAGACUGGACCGAGGAGAUCCGAACGCUUCCUCCAAAGACGGCGGGCUCUGCGGAUUAUCUGGAGUACGGUGGCUCAGAGGGAACGCUGCGGAGCGACCGGACACUCAACGCCUCUCAGAGGGCGUCUGCAACUCGGGCAUCAACAUGCAGCUUCCAGGAGGUGUUCACAGGCCGGACGCUGUUGGAGCGCUUCUUCCAGCAGCAGGACUCCAGUGAGCCGGAGGAGGCUGAAAAACUCUGCUCCAAGAUUCUGGCUAUGGGUCUCCUGUUGCCGUUCAGCGACUGCUUCAGAGAGACCUACAGCAGCAGCGGACACAUUGCUCCCAAAUUCAACCAAGAUCAGCUGUACACAUGGGCCGCCGUCAGUCAGCCUCCGCCGUCACUCGAGCGUCUGGAGGGUCAUUUACCUGGACACCUGAAGGGCCUUUGGGUCACGACACAACCAGGAGAGGAGGAGCAGCAGCCUCUGCCCAAAUACACAGAGGAUGCGGUCGAGGAGCCGGAGGAGCAUCAGGCUGUCGUCUCAGGCCUGAAGAAACAUCAGGAAGAAGAAAUUCGCCAUAUUCAGGAGGACUCAGUGCUGAAGACGGUGCGUCUGAAGCAGGAGCACAUCUGCGUGAUCGAGCAGUUGGAGCAGACCAUCGAGGACCUGCGCAGUAAGAUCGCGGAGCUGGAGAAACAGCAGCCGCUGGCGGAGCGAGAGGUGGAGACACAAGACCAGGAGUGCGGAGGAGAGGAAGGCCUGCUCCCAGACGUCUGCCAUGUGGACCUGCAGACUGAAAACACCUCGCUGCUGCCGCUGGAGGCCAAAUCAGUGCAGACGUCUCCUGUGGACGAGAGCUUCAGGUUUAAAGUGCCUCCUGUGGAGGUGCAGAGUGACUCCUUACUGACCUCCCAAACUGAAUCUCAGGCUGCGUCACAAGCAUUUGUGUGCAUUUGCCAGCAACAGACAAGUACUUUGGCACCUCCACCACCUCCACCUUUACCUGGAGUGUGUGUGCCGCCUCCUCCACCUUUACCCGGAGUGUGUGUACCAACACCUCCCCCUUUACCUGGACUGUGUUUGCCACCUCCUCCACCUCCUCUUCCAGGAGUGUGUGCUAUUCCCCCACCUCCUCCUCUUCCAGGAGCUUCACAGCCUCCUCCUCCACCUCCUCUACCAGGUUUAUCAGUUCCUCCACCUCCUCCACCACCUCCUCCACUACCAGGGAUGGGUGCACCUCCUCCCCCACCUCCUCUUCCAGGACUGUCUGCACCUCCACCACCUCCUCCUCUUCCAGGAAUGGGUGCGCCACCACCUCCUCCUCCUCUUGCCCAUACAGGACCAGCACCACCACCUCCCCCUCCUCCUCCAAUUCCUCCAUCUAUGGCUCCUGGAGCCUGUGCUCCUCCUCUGCCCUUCAGUUUUGGCUCUCUGCCACCUCCACUCCCGCUGGGUCUGUUUGCUUUGGGAGCAGCGCAGGAGAAACCUCCUCGUAAAUGCAUCGUGGAGCCGCCGAGACCCAUGAAACCGCUGUACUGGACACGAAUACAGCUGCACACCAAAAAAGACUCAAACGCUGUGGUAUGGGACACCAUAGAAGAGCCAUCUGUGGAUUUCGAUGAGUUUGUGGAUCUCUUCUCGAAGACUGCAGUGAAGGAGAAGAAGAAACCCCUGUCAGACACCAUCAGCAGGUCAAAGACCAAGCAGGUGGUGAAGCUGCUGAACACCAAACGCUCUCAGGCCGUGGGGAUCCUGAUGUCCAGUUUACAUCUCGACAUGAAGGAUAUUCAGCACGCAAUCCUGAAUCUGGAUAAUACUGUGGUGGAUCUGGAGACGUUACAGGCCCUCUAUGAGAAUAGAGCUCAGCAGGAUGAGCUGGACAAGAUCGAGAAACACGUAAAAUCCUCAAAAGACAAAGAGGGAACCAAACCUCUGGAUAAACCCGAACAGUUUCUCCACCAGCUCUCCCAGAUUCCCAAUUUCUCCGGUCGAGUCUUCUGUAUUCUCUUUCAGUCGACUUUCUCUGAAUGCAUCACGUCUGUUCAGCGCAAGCUCCAGAUUCUGCAGAAAGUCUGCAAGACUGUUCAGAGUGGCUCUGGAGUUCUCCAGGUUCUUGGUUUGGUUUUGGCGUUCGGAAACUUCAUGAACGGAGGGAAUCGCACCAGAGGUCAAGCAGACGGCUUCACGCUGGACAUUCUGCCCAAACUGAAGGACGUCAAGAGCAGUGACAACAGUAAAAGUCUGCUGGCCUACAUCGUGUCUUAUUAUCUGAGACACUUUGAUGAGGACGCGGGCAGAGAGACGUGUGUGUUUCCUCUACCAGAACCUCAUGACCUGUUUCAGGCCUCACAGAUGAAGUUUGAAGACUUUAAUAAAGAUCUGCUGAGACUCCGCAAAGAUCUAAGAGCAUGCACUGCAGAGGUGGAGAAGGUGUGCUCCAUCUCGAGCGAGGAACAUCUCCAGCCGUUUAAAGAGAAGAUGGAGGCGUUCGUGACUGAAGCAAAAACUGAGCUGGAAAGUCAAGACAAGCAACUCAGCGACACCCACAAAUUGUUCUUGGAUCUGUGUGUGUUUUUCUCGGUGAAGGCCAAGAGCGGAGAGAAAGAGGUUUCUCCAAACACCUUCUUCUCAGUUUGGCACGAGUUCUGCACCGACUUUAAGGACACGUGGAAGAAGGAGAACAAGCUCAUCCUGCAGGAGAGGCUGAAGGCAGCAGAGGAGUGUUUCCGGCAGGUCAAAGAGAAAGCCACAUACAGCGUCAAACCCAAACACGCCUCGGGAAUCAAAGCAAAGUUGGGAAUGAAGAUAUGAGGAGCAGAUCUGGACUCUUUCGGCUCUCGUUUUCCAUCUUUAAGUCUUUCGCACACAAACGCCGCUUCAGUGUUACUGCUGCCGAACGAACACAGGAGGUGAAUGUGAUGCACAUAUCAGACGUUUGCUCCUGUUCACUGUACAUACUGGAGGACUUGAACAAGCAAUAUCAUCCCAAAAGAAUCCAUUGUAUUUUUAAUAGGCGAGAAAAGAAGAGAAAUCAGAAUUUGUGCAGCCGAUGUGUCUUGAUUUGAACUGAUAUCAGCACUGAUCGCCGCAAGCUUUUAAAUCUACACACUAGUUAGUGCAGUCCUCUAGUCUUGAACCUGGUUAGCAUAUUCAAAGCACACACACAGUCGUCCUACAGGACCUAAAAGAGACACUUCAGAAUGUACAGUGUGAAGCAGGCCGUACGUACAGUAUGUGUCCCAAACGGUGAACGUUCAGGAAAACCGACUCAGUGUUUUUGUGAAAUUAUGCAAGAUUGUGUCCUUGUUUUGCUGCAUCUACACACACACACACACACACACACACACACACACACACACACACUCACCUAAUGUAUUUAAAAAUGUUCAUUUUUUUUAAUUAAUGUAAAUGAUAUUAACAUCUUUCUGUAGCAUUCUGGUUUGUUUUUAGCAUGUCCGUGUCGGAGGUGUGGAUGGACGUCUGCGCUCCAUGUGCAAUAACUGUUUGUAUAUGAACGUUUUGAGAAGAGUGUAAUUUAUGUAAAAUAAAGGGAUUAAUAAAUUCA